CCCAUAGUUGAUGGCGAGCUUGUGUGGAAAAGUCUAUGUUUUUUUAGCUGUUUAUUUAAGUAUACAAGCUGUUUGUUACAUAGUUUUUUUUAUUUUAUUUUUAAUCAGAGUAGUUUAUUUGGCUAAUUGAAUUUGAAGAGCAUAGAACCAAUUGGUGUUCCUUGUUAUCACAGUAGGUAGGUUGAUUGGUGCAGAUUUCGCUCAUGGUGUUCUUGACCAGAGAAAUCAAGAAAGAUGCCCAUUUCUCAGAACCUGUUGGUGCUGGUCUUCUGUGCUCAACUCAGUGUGUUGUGUGUGAUGGGUGGGCUUGAUCACCAGUGUGGUGUGAUUGAACCUGUUCCUUCAGCAGUGGAACUUCACACUGAGUUCACAGCUACCUGUGUCCUGUUUGAAUCCUGUAUUCGUCAACAUAAGGCUAAUGCUGACCACAUGUACUGGAAAUUUCAACAGCACAGAGUUCCAAAGGACCAGUAUACAAAGAUAAACGAUACAGCUAUCCGCAUCACUGUCAACAUCACUGAUGAAUUACGCAGUCCCUUAACUUGUAAUAUCAUGUCACGUGGACAGCUGGAACACAAUAUCUAUGGAAUUUUUUUAAAAAAAGGAUUUCCCCCUGAAAAGCCUCAGAAUCUGACCUGCAUUGUGCACCAGGCUGGUAAAAGCCUCUCUGAUACUCUGCUGUGUACCUGGAAUCCUGGAAGAGAAUCACACUUGGACACACGAUAUACACUCAAAGCACAGACGAUUACUAAUGCUUCUGAAAAUAUAUCCAGAAUUGACGAAGGCGAAUUAAAAAUGACAACCAUGCCUGUUUUUGUCAACAUGAGGAUCUGGGUUGAAGCAGAGAACCAACUUGGAAAAAGCACAUCAGAACAACUUCAUUUGGAUCCAGUAGACAUUGUGAAACCGAGUCCUCCGGAGAUUGACAAGAUUAGUUCUGAAAAGGAGUUUCCCAACUCGUUGGUGGUGUCCUGGAAUCUCACUUUAAAUCCGCGUCUCUUUAAAUUGAAGUACAACAUUCGCUACAGGAGUGCCAGCAAUUCAGAAUGGACGGAGGUUCCACUGAGUGAAACAGGAAGCAGCAUUAAGUCAUUUAGACUUCAAGACCUUAAGCCCUAUACAGAGUAUAGAGUAUCUGUCCGGUGCAUCAAAGAAGAUGGUUUAGGCUACUGGAGUGACUGGAGUAAAGAAAAGAGUGCAAUCACGCCCGAAGCCAAACCUUCUGGAAGACCAGAUCUCUGGAGAGUUAUUGGCCCUUCUGAUUCUGACAGAAAUCGACGUAUAACACUGAUAUGGAAGGAACUAGAUCCCUCUUUUGCAAACGGAAAAAUAUUGGGAUAUGAAGUGCAGGUUGAAGCAAGACACUAUCCUGCAGCAAAACGCUUCACAGUUAAUGGAACAAGUGCAGACUGCACGUUAACAGAAGGAGCAACCUAUCGUAUAACUGUCGCUGCCUUUAAUGCAAAAGGACAAUCUCCUGGUGCAGUGUUGAUUAUUCCGGCAGACAGUCAAAAAGAUCUUCCUUCAGCUGAAGAUUUGAAGGCAUUUCCACAAGAUGGCAAGUUGUGGGUAGAAUGGAAGGCCCCUCGUAAGAUCACAACGGAAUAUGUUAUUGAGUGGUGCGCAAUGAUGGAGGAAGGGGGAGGGUGUUCCACUGAAUCCAUUGAAUGGCAGCGUGUAUCAGCAUUGUCUAUUAAUACAGUCCUAAAAGGCGAUAUUAAACCUCUGAAGUGCUACAAAAUAUCAGUGUUUCCGAUUUAUUCUGGACUUCCUGGUGCUUGUCGUUCAGUUGAAGAAUAUCUGGAACAAGGAUCUCCUACAAUUGGUCCUACUGUUCGAACAAGAAAAAAAGAAAGAAAUGGAGCUUUGUUGGAAUGGAAUUUGAUUCCAUUUAUGUCUCGAAAUGGAUUCAUAAGAAAUUACACAAUAUUUUACCAGGCUGAAGGUGGGGUUGAAGCAUCAAUAACAGUUGAUUACACAAACCGUCAAUAUACUUUAACUUCACUCGGCACUAGUACUAUGUAUGCUGUGCACGUAAGUGCAAAUACUGAUGCAGGGAGCAAAAACGGAUCUGAAUUUACAUUUACAACUCUGAAGUUCGCACCCGGGGAAAUUGAAGCUAUCGUUGUGCCAGUUUGCUUGGGCUUCCUGAUCAUUGCUGUGGUGACAAUGCUGUUCUGCUUUAACAAGCGUGACCUGAUUAAGAAACACAUUUGGCCACAGGUGCCUGAUCCUGGGAACAGUCGUAUUGCAAACUGGUCACCUGAUAGUCCAAUUCGGCAUAACUUUAGUCCAAAAGAACAGGUUUGCCCAGAAGGUAUUAUUACUGACUUCAGUGUAAUAAAUAUAGAAAAUGACAACAUUGACGAUUACAACAAGGCAUCAGAUUCCCUGAAGAAGGGAAAGUAUACAUCGGAGGAGCACAGCAGUGGGAUUGGAGGCUCUUCGUGCAUGUCAUCACCCCGACAGAGCGUCUCGGACAGCGACGAGGCUGAUUCGGCACAAACCACUUCCAGCACGGUGCAGUAUUCCUCAGUGGUGGCGACUGGCUACAGGGGACAGUUACCAUCGGCACCCGUGUUCGCAAGAUCAGAGUCGACCCAGCCACUGCUCGACUGCGAGGAAAGGCCGGAAGAUCAGCACCUGUAUGGAAACUUAAACGGUUUUAGUAGAGGACAGCCACAAAACAGAGAGCAAGUGGUGAGGCGUCCUAGCAGACUGUACUUCAAAAGACCCAGAAUGAUAAAUGAAGAUGCAGACCCAAGCUGUGAUUCUUUGGGGUUUUGCCCAGUCGAUGAGGUAACUCUGCAGGACUCUGCGGCUACAGGUUCUUCACAGCCUGACAGUGAAAGACAAACUGUCCCCAGGAAUGGUAUUAACGCCAGCCUGGAAAGAAACGAGACAAAAAGCUACGUGCCACAGCAGAAUGGUUACAGGGCACAGUGAAAAAAAAAGGCCAUUGUUUCUUUUAUCUAGUCCGGAGUGCCUCUGUUUAAGAAACAAAACACACAGAAAAAAAGCUAAAUGAACCCUUGGGGUGGCAGGGGGCUUUGCAUAUAAACCAAUAGGACUGUACUGGUGCAUUGAUGGAAACAGUGUUCAGAAUUUGACAUCAGGUUCCAUUCAAUAGAUCUAAAUAAGGAGUGGAUCCCAAUAAGGCCACUUUUUACAGUAUGUUACAUAAACAUAUUAGGGGAUGUGCUAGAAAAUCAAUAGGUAACACUUGUUCUUUGUUAAUGGCCAGGGCACCUAUAAGCCCAACAAAACUGCAAUUAUAAAAACAAAAAAUAACUAACUUUUUUGUUCUUGGUUAUCCAACAUUUACAGUAUAUUUACAGUAUAUUUUUAGCUUUGAGCUUAUUAAGAAAAACUGAGUAGGUGGGGAAAGCUAUAUAGAGCUAUAUAGAUAUUCACUGGAUCACACCGACAGUAAGAAUUUUGUUCUAACUGACAAUGAACAUUGAAGUGUUUUAUGGGUAGCCUGUAAUAGGAGUGAACUGAUUGUAUUGUAAGCUAUUUUGAUCAGCCUCAAAAUAUUGACCAGUUUUAUGUUGUCUUUAUGUAUAUUUUCAAAUUUUAAUGUAAAAUGCUUCACUCACAGCUUUUAGGCGUUGCGCCAACACUAAUCUUACCAGUGGCGGCUGGUACACAAGCACUGGGGGGGAUUUUAAAACUUUUUUUUCACAGAUUGUGCAAUGUAUCUAAUUUUAGAAUCUCUUUUAAAGGGAUAACAUUUACAAUAAUAUUGAACAUUUAAACAAAGUUGUUUCUUUUAGUAUUCAGUAUUAUUAGCAUUACAGAAAUGGGGAUUUUAAAUAUGAUUUUUAACAUGAUUGUCAGCUUUAACAUCACAAAUUAACAUUGACAGUGAAUUAAAGCAAAAACAGGUUGAUAAAUAAGUUUGGGCACUGUCAGAAUUUUGUGACUUCAGUUUUUAAAAAAUGUAAGUAGGUUUGAUGUAAAUGAACUUAUGUACACCGCAGGUGCAGCGAACAACACAAAAAUGUAAAUAUAGUCCAGGACUUUUCAUUCGGUUUGUGUUCGUGUUGGAGCAAGAAUCACUUUUUAUUGACUUGUAUUGAAAAAAUAGUAUUGUUAACUUUAAAAAUAGGUUGUAUAAGUUUAAAAAAAAAAAAGAAAAUUUCCACUCCAACAAAACAAACCAUUG